AUGGCUGACCGAGGGAAUCCCCCCGCUCUAGCGUUUGGAGCGUUCGACAACCUGAAGGGUAAGCUCAAGGCUGCCUUCAAGAAGCGCGGUGAGAAGAAAAAGGCGGCCAAGGCCGACCCCAAGAAGACCGAAGAUAAGAAGCCCGAGGAGGCUACCGCCACCGCCACGGCUCCUGCUGCUGGUGCUGCUGGUGCUGCUGCCGCGGCUACCGAAGCUACCAAGACCGAGACGGCUGCCGCCCCGGCCGCUGCUCCGGCUCCUGUUGCUGAGGCCGCCACGACCGCUCCGGCUGUUGAGGCCCCCGCUGUCGAAGCCCCUGCCGCCGCCGAGCAGAAGGCAGCGGAGACUCCUGCCGCAGUUGCUCCUGCUGUCGAAGCUACCCCGGCCCCGGCCCCGGCCGCUGCUCCUGCAACCCCCGCCACGGCUACCGAGACGGCUGCGGCUCCUGCUACCGAGGAGCCCAAGAAGGAGGAACCCGCUGCGGCUGCGGCUGCGGCGCCCGCUCCUGCCCCGACCGCUUAA